AUGCAAGAAUUUCAACUUGAAGAAUUAUUGAAAUGGAUAGAUGGAAUUCCUCUAUCAAGAAAGAAAAAGAAUCUCUCAAGAGAUUUUAGUGAUGGCGUUUUGAUGGCAGAAAUUUGCGCUCAUUUUUAUCCAAAAGCUGUUGAUCUUUUCAAUUACAAUGAAGGACUUAAAGUUGACACUAAAAUAUACAAUUGGAAUACACUCAAUGCAAAAGUUUUACAAAAAAUCAAAUUCCCAAUAGAUAAAGCUACAAUUACAGAUAUUGCAAACUGCAAACAAGGAACAAUCGAGAAAGUUCUUUGGGAUUUCAAACAAUUUGUCGAAAACAAGCAGGAAGAAGCACAAAAACCAUAUUUCGAGGAUGUUCAAACAGAUCCAGAUAUUGAAGAAAUAGAAAACGCACUAAAAGCAACAGAUAGAACUUUACUCGAGAACAAAAUCAAAGAAUGUGAAGAUCAAGCUAAAUAUAUAGAAGAAUUACAUGCAAAGAUUAAAAAAGUUGAAGACUUAAUAAAAGAAAAAGAUCUGACUUUAUCACAACUAAAAUCAUCAGUAUUUAGGAGAUGA